CAUGUGCCGGUUAAACCGCAGUGCCGUGCGAAGUGAGAGGAAGCUGAGGCUUUGGACGGUAGAAGCCGGGGCCGCCGGUAGAUGUCGGUAACCCAAGAAACCUGAACCACCGGGUUCUCAGGCGCUCUGUCUCAGUUUGCAGCACUCGCACUGACGGCAGAGGAGCUGAACAGUUUGAAGGGCAUCAAAAGAAACAGGAGAGCUCACAGCGCGUCCUCUCGAGUUUUGCGCGCAGCCCUUCUGAGCAGGAGACGGAACGCUUUGUCACAAAGAAAAACGGGAAAACUAAACACACAAUGGAAGACAAAUCUAAUUCGUUCUCCAGCAACAAAGAGGAGAAGGCGGAUGGGAAUAAUGUUUUUCAAAGGCAAGACUCGAUGCAGAAAAAUAACACGGGAAGCCAGAACACGAAGGACCAUGGCAACUCAGUGGGCUUCAAGGGGGAGCGGGAAGAGGCCAUGGUCGGUUUUGACGAUUUGGACGGGGCUUCCAGGCAAUAUGGUUUUAUGCAGAGACAAUUUGGGGCCAUGAUGCAGCCCGGAGUCAAUAAGUUCUCCUUGCGUAUGUUCGGCAGUCAGAAAGCCGUGGAGAAAGAGCAAGAGAGGGUUCAAACGGCCGGAUACUGGAUCAUUCAUCCAUAUAGCGAUUUUAGGUUCUACUGGGACUUGAUAAUGCUCAUCAUGAUGAUGGGAAAUCUAAUCAUCAUUCCUGUGGGAAUAACCUUCUUCUCAGAGCAGACUACCACCACCUGGCUGGUUUUCAAUGUGGCCUCAGACACCAUCUUCCUGGUGGACCUGGUCAUGAACUUCAGGACGGGGAUCGUCAAUGAGGAGAGCUCUGAGAUAAUCCUUGACCCCAAGGUCAUCAAGAUGAAUUACCUGAAGAGCUGGUUUGUUGUGGACUUCCUCUCCUCUAUUCCAGUGGAUUAUAUCUUUUUAAUAGUUGAGAAAGGCUUUGACUCGGAGGUAUAUAAAACAGCCCGUGCCCUGCGAAUCGUCCGCUUCACCAAGAUCCUCAGUCUCCUGCGACUGCUAAGACUGUCCCGACUCAUCAGAUACAUACAUCAGUGGGAGGAGAUUUUCCAUAUGACCUAUGACCUGGCUAGUGCGGUGGUAAGAAUAUUUAAUUUAAUAGGGAUGAUGCUGCUUCUGUGUCACUGGGAUGGCUGUCUCCAGUAUCUGGUGCCUCUCCUCCAAGACUUCCCCCCUGACUGCUGGGUGUCCCUAAACGGUAUGGUUAAUGUUUCCUGGGGUAAGCAGUACUCUUAUGCCCUCUUCAAAGCCAUGAGCCACAUGCUGUGUAUCGGGUACGGUGCCCGGGCACCAGUCAGCAUGUCUGACCUGUGGAUCACCAUGCUGAGUAUGAUUGUAGGCGCCACAUGCUACGCCAUGUUUGUAGGCCAUGCUACGGCCCUAAUCCAAUCACUGGACUCCUCACGCAGGCAAUACCAAGAGAAGUAUAAGCAAGUGGAGCAAUACAUGUCCUUUCACAAGCUUCCAGCAGACAUGCGACAGAAAAUUCAUGACUACUAUGAACAUCGCUACCAAGGCAAAAUCUUUGAUGAGGACAACAUCCUGAGUGAACUCAACGAUCCGCUCAAAGAGGAAAUUGUUAACUUCAACUGCCGUAAGCUUGUGGCCACCAUGCCUCUGUUUGCCAAUGCAGACCCCAACUUUGUGACAGGGAUGUUGAGCAAGUUAAAGUUUGAGGUCUUUCAACCCAAUGACUACAUUAUUCGAGAGGGCACCGUUGGGAAGAAGAUGUACUUCAUUCAACACGGUGUUGUUAGCGUCAUCACUAAGUUCAAUAAAGAGAUGAAGCUGACUGAUGGCUCCUACUUUGGAGAGAUCUGUCUGCUCACCAAGGGCAGACGAACAGCAAGUGUGCGUGCAGACACCUACUGUCGACUCUUUUCCCUGUCUGUUGACCAUUUCAAUGAGGUGCUAGAAGAGUACCCCAUGAUGCGACGUGCUUUUGAAACUGUAGCCAUUGAUCGAUUGGACCGCAUUGGGAAGAAGAACUCGUUGCUACUGCAGAAGUUCCAGAAGGAUCUGAACGCCGGCGUUUUCAACACACAGGAGAACGAGAUAUUGAAGCAGAUUAUCCGCCAGGACAGGGAGAUGGUGAUGAUGGUGGACCGCAAGCAGUCAGUCACGGGGAUGAACUCAACACCAAUAUCAGGAAACUCCAUCAUUAACUCACCAGCCCAACCACCCUUCUCAAUGGCCUUUGGCACCAGUCAGCUCCAACAGUCCUCUGUACCCCUGACCUACAGUGCUUCAGCUAUUGCCAAUGCGUCUGUUGCCCGCAUGCUGCCAGUUGCUGCUGCUGCUGCUGCUGUGGCACAACAGGGGGGUUACCCUGCUCCCAGUCUUUCCCAUGGCAACCUGAAUUCUUCUUCAACCAACCCUCAGCAGCAAGGGGCAAUCAUGUCACCCUGCUCCUUCACGGCACCAGUGCAAGCUCCUCGCGGUGCCCGGCCCUUCCGGUCCGGCUCGCCCACCACCUCCCAGCUGUCACUUAUCCAGCAGCCCGUUGCUCAACCAUCCCUAUCUACACCACAGCAGCUUGCUCAGCAGCCCGCUGUGUCAACUGCAACCGCAGCCACAGCAACACAGCAGCAGCAGCCAUCACCUCAACAGCAGGUCCCUUCACCUCAGCGGGGAGACACCCACAAGAGCACACAGGCUCUUCAGUCAGGCAGCUUGAGUCGAGACGUCCGACACUUAUCGGCCUCCCAACCAUCACUGCCACAUGACACAUCUUUGGGGCCCAGAGCGCACCCGGCCUCAGGAGACUCUCUGGCCUCCAUCAUGCCACUGACGGCGGCAACGAUCCAGGCAAUGAAUCUGCAGAGUGGCAUCCGCACCACAGUACCCCAGCGGGUGAAUUUAUUCCGACAGAUGUCAUCAGGAGCUUUGCCCCCUGUGCGCUCAGGCGCCGCUGCAGCAGCAGCAGCGAUGGCAGCAGCAGCAGCAACGUCAUCACCCUCAUCCUCAACGCAGCACAGGGAAUCACCUGGAUCUAGGAGAGAUUCUGUCCUGAGCAGUACAGAAACUGAACAAGACAAGAUGCGUUUUGCAUCAAAUUUAUGAUCCCAUUUUUCCCCUUUUCAUUUUUUAAACUUAUGUUUCAAUUCAUUUUUAAAAACAGAGACACAAGAGAUAAAAGGUGGAACUUCAGCAUUUUUAUUUCUUACCAGUUUUCUUCUAAAAUAACCUCAUAGAAAUCCCAUAAACACAAGCCCUUGUAUUAUAUUUUAAACACACAGUCUCCCAAAACUUAAGAAUGUAUAUUAUACAGAUACAUCUGUCUCAUCUUUUAUGCUAUAUAUAGUUGGAUAAAUGGAUGGAUGGAGUGUGUGAGUGUGUGUGUGUGUGUGUGUGUGGCUGUGUGUGUUAAAUCAAACUACAACAUUUGGUGGCAAUGGCAGUUUAAAAGCUGUAGUAUAAACAUGAGUCUUCCUUUCUGAGAAAUAUAGAGAAUUAUAUACAGUGAUUCUGACAUUGACUCUCACUUUUGUUUACCACUGAGGAAGAGGAAAAUUAUCUUCUAUUAAGCAGCUUUAGUAAUCACUGUGGAUUAAUAAUGCAAGCACCUCUGACAGAUAUCUCAAAAAAGCACACACACACAAAAUGAAUCUCAUACCAAUUUUGUGAACCCUCAGUUCAGAAAUCAAGACUAAUACUGUAACUAAGUGUUAUGUUGCUUUCAGCAAUGUAACUACAGAACGGCUGAGCCACUGUAUCCCCACAGCUGCUCACAUACAAACCAUGACAGUGUUAUGGGUCCAAAGGGAAUUGAUAAUAGACAUGCUGCUGCUUUUUUUCUUUAUUUUCAAGGAAAAUGGAGUGUGGAGACAGAUAUGAAUGGAUGCUAUUGUUUUCUAUUUCUAAUUUCAGAUGGCAGAGAUGUAAUGUUGCUUAAAAAUUCUGUGUAUAUUUAUAAUAUUUAUAAACUAAAGAUUAUCACCAUUAUGCAAUAGACUGUGAUAUAAAGAUUACCUAUAUGUGUGCUGUAAAUAGUUUUGUAGAUCUAGUAUUUACAGAUACUGUGUGGUGCAUUCUCUAUCAUAACAAUGUCUUACUUCUAUCAGGAACCUGGAUAUCAUCUAUAUGUGACAGAGGUUAAGUGACAAAAUAUGUUUCAUAAGAGAUAAACAAACCUUAAUGCAAUAGCUAGCGUUACCUGAUGCUGAGAAAUGCCUGACAGGAGGACAACUAGAAAUCCCUGUGUAUACUAUUCCUAGUCUAGUAUAGUUUUUGAGUUCACAUCAAGUGAACAUACACAAUAUCUACCUGCAAUACACAACUUCAUUUUAACUGUCCAACUGAAAGUAAAUGUCUUUUUAUUGCCUCAUUUCCCAAAACUGCUAAAGAUAAUUUCCAGAGUGAUUUUUUUUUUGUUUGUAUUAAUUUUAAUUGUCAAACGUUUUUUAAACCACAAUUUAUUUUCUAUGCUUGCUCACCUGCUUCUUGGUUAAAACUGUACGGUAUGCUGUCAUAUCACUAGGCACAACAUUUUCAACACACAUUUUAGGCUAAAGACAUCCAGUCACUCAAGUGGGAAGGGGGACAUUUUCACCAAAAAUAAUGUUUUGUGCUGCAGAAAGUAAGGGAGAAAAGAAAAAUGCUGGUUUGCAUUAAGGUUUCAGUCUCAUGUAAAUCCAUUAUGUGGGCUUAGGCACUCUAAACUGACCUGGACUCAUGCUGAGGCAAGGAAGCAAGGUCAAGCCAGAAUAUUGUGACUCCAUCAGAUAAAGACUAAGAGCCAUUUGAAAUAUUUUAAUCUUGAAAUAACUGAAUUAUUUGAUAACUCAACUCAAAUAAAUCAGCCAGCAGUAUGGCUUACGGGCCAUUUUGCUGCAUGUAGAGGAAAUUUGUGUUCCAGACCUUCCUUCUUCUUAAUCAAAUGUGACAAAUCUACUCUCAGUCAUGCUGAAUUUCUGUCUAGACUUAUGGUUUUCAUGGCACCAAAUAUCCCAUCAGUUCAAAGUGACUAAGCCCUUUGAGAUACCAAUUUUAAAAAGAUUACAAAGUCUUUGCUACAGAUUGUGUCGAUAGUGUACCAAUACAGUCAACCCACCAAUGUCAUGAAAGCAUGCACUGUCACAAAUACUUAAAAAGAUACUAUCUCAAAAUGUUGACGUCAAGUGUAAUGUUAGAUUAUGUUUUGUUCACUGUCUGUCUACCUAGACGUUCUGUGUGUGUGUGAACAGAAGCAUCGACUUUUCACAUGGACAUUCUUAAGUAUUUGUGCCUAAACUAUAGCCAUGUUCCUUCCUUUGUUAUGAGUGUGAGCUCGGUGCAUACGGGGGGCACUUCUGCACACAACUGCGCAUUAAUUCUUACUAUACUCUGUGUUCUAUGUCUGCGUGUAUUUAGACAGGAAAGGAGUAUGCAAUGACGAUGGCCAAAUGUUUCAGUUUAUUCAAUUGGUAUCUUUACUUACAAUGUGAACUUAUAGAGGCAGGCUUGUUCUAACAGUCAAGGUACAUAGAAUAUUUAAUGAGAUCAUGUACAGUUUAAAAAAAGUAUACUCUUUAGACUUGCAGUAAUAUCACACUCAGUGAGACACUGUACAAAUCCGGAGCACCUUCAUACCUUUCUUUAUAGUUAGCCUCUGAUGCUUGGGUUGAGUAUUGAUGUGCGGAAGGAAACUGGCCAAAGCAAAACAUCUACGUCGCUGUCUUUGUUUUAAAUUGCACUUUCUGACUUAUAAUAAUAAUAAAAAAAUUUAAAAAAAGAGGGAUUCUUUCAGCUAAGUUAGACUGCAAUAGAAAGGGAGCAAUAUCCCCAAGAAUUUCUGCUGCCCUGGUCCUGUAUGAAGUUUUAAAUGAGGGGGAGAUGUUCUAUUUACAACAGCGAGCGCUUACUCGUGAAUAUGCCAUAGUGUAUAGGAACUAGUACACAGUCAAGAUGGAUAGCAGCACUGUUGGUUUGUGCUGUUUUUGAUACUUGCCUUUGGAGGGAGAGCUUCCCAACUAUGUGCUUUUUUUUCCACUAUACCAAUCACAGCUAACAUACUGGAACGGGCAUUAACGGUAAUGUACGACACAAACUAACAAGCUUAUAUAUUAGCAGCAUAGGGACUCUCAACAAACCAGCACAUAUAUUUAUAUAUGUCUUUUUGUGUGUUGUUUUGUUGGUUGGAGAAAAAAAAAAAGGUGCAUAAAGAACUGAGAAUAAUGCCCAGAGUGGACAAACCAAAUGUUAAUUUGGGUCUGAUGACCACAGGUUUCAUAUGUUUACCGAUGAUCUGUGGAGUGGAGAGAGGAGAAGCUACAAGGAGCUGCUCAGUCCUCUUAAACCCUCCCCACAUGGUCACUGUUCAGCUCAUUCACGUUAUCCAAGGCUUACAGAAUAAUCAGUGCGUUACUUGAUACAGAUGAAAGAAAGAUCAAUGUAAACUUUCUUACAACAAUAUGCAGACAAACAGUGUUUGUCAAAAAUAUAGAUUUUUGUUUAUUUUGAUUGUAAAUAAUAAACCUUUAAAAUACAUAAA